CGUAAAUACUUGCUUGAAUUAUUGAUGAUUGUCAGUUGAAUUUUAUGCAGCUCGCACUCAUUUGCACGAAAUUAUCUUUACUGCGCGAGUGCAUGCUGGGCUCUCAGAGAAUAUUAGUUUCUGUUAUUACCCGGUAUACCGGUACCCUAGCCCUAACUGCCUAAGCCAAGGCCUAACUAACUAUUACUUGAAGUGUGACUGUGAGUGUGAGUGCUGGAACUUACUAAUACUAAGUAAUAGUUGAAGUGCACGCGGCACGUGUCUGUAGCAGUGUGAGAGCAGUUCCGGAGAAGGUUGUUGCUGUCCCAGCUGUCUCUGGUUAGACCGGGUUGCUCCUCUUCCUCUGCUUGAGCCGGUAGCUACAUGAGUUGUGACACACCGCAGCAGCGCAUUUCCGCGGAUUCCGCUCAACAUUUGCAUUCGCGUGACGUGCGGCAGAUUCACGCACCUGAUUUGACCCUGCUACGAACAGCAAUCACCAGAACUGGUACUGUUAGCUCGUUUGACCCGGCAGAGCGCUUGUGACUUGUGUCGAAACGUUCGCCAAUCGGCUCGGAAUCGUGUACUCACUCGACCUUGUUGCUGAGCGCUUACAGGAUUUGUGGGGCACACGGUGUCGGUAGCACUUUACCGACCUCCACCGCGUUCCCCACGUGCUCCGAGCUAGGGAGACAUCUACAAUUUAACUAGAGAGCGAGAGAGAGACUGAGAGAGAGAGAGAGAGAGAGAGAGAGGCUAGAGGAGCGUUCAAUCGUCGGUCUAUACUCGUCUACACGUCAGAUAUUUCGCGGCACUUGCCUCGAGUGAAGUGCAGUCCUUACCUAGCGGGUGUCGCUGAGCCUAUUGUUACUCUGUUCUGGCCAUCCAUCCAGCAAGUGUGAGGAGAACGCCAGGCCUGUAGAGGCUGUCACUAGCUCAGGAGCAGACACAAAGCUGCACAGGGAGAAAACGCGCGCCUCAGUCCAUAAAAUCAGUCCAGUUGUCCCCUGGAAUUGGUGGUUGUUCUUUCCAAGAGGACUGAGCGUCGGUGUUCAAUUUGAAAGCUUCUGUUCACGAGGAGAAGAUACCGUUGUGCACACUGCCUGGAAAUGGAUGCUUGUAAGGCGGCGGUCAAGGCCCUGCGAAACAGUCCAGCAGCGGUUCGUCGAAAAAUAAGCGGAUCGACUUCAUCGACGCGAAUGGAAAGGUUACGAGAGGACUGGUUGAAUGAGAAUGACGCCGUCAUGGCCGGUAUAUCAUUCUUUGUAAAGUUUCUCGGAUCUGUUGGAGUUGAUCAGACCUCCGGCCAAGGCUGCACGGACCGAGCCGUUCGGAAGAUCUGCGUAUCGGCCAAAGAGCAAAAGGAGAAGCUGGAGAAGAUCUCGCUGCGCGUCUCUGCAAAGAGCAUCAGCAUGUCGACGCUCUCUUCGGACGCAAGAACUGUGGAAUACCCUAUCUAUAAAGUUACCUACUGUACAGUGGACACGUACAAUGACAAGAUCUUCACGUUCAUUGCGCAAUGUCCAAAGACCCUGGACAUCCUUUGCUACGCAUUUCUCUGCAACAAGAAAUCUAAGGCAAUGGCAGUGACGCUGUCAGUUGCGCAGGCCUUCAACAUCGCGUUUGAGAUGUGGGAGAGCACAAAGGAGCAACAGCAGGCGGAUGAGGCUGGACAGAAGAAUGGUGCGGACUCAACCACAAGACACCCCAGUUUACGGCACCGCACGCGCUCCGAAGGCGGCGCCAUUGGAAAUCGAGUGUCGAACGGCCACAACACAAGUCGAGGAUCUUUAGAUCUGGUGUUGGAAGGCCGUCAGCAACCAGUAGCAACACGAGUCGGCACAGCACCCACCAGCAAUGGUCACAGCGAGGCCAUGAUAUCUACUGUGAACGGAGACACAUUACGCAGCUGCAGCGAUGGGGCUGUGUCCGAUGAGGAGUUGGACGCAGAGUUCACUCGAUUGGCACAGGCCAGAUCAACGCCCAAUCUUUUGGAUAUUGGCCGGAUACACAUACGCGCGCCUGCUGACAUCACAGCAGGUGGGGGCACGGGGGCUGGCAGCAGCGACGAGAAGCUGGACGAGUACAAGAACGGCGAGAGCAACCCGUCGGUGCUCUUCCGCAUGGUCUCUCGCGAAGACCUGAUAAGCCCCACCACCAGCCCGGAAAGCCCGUCGGGGACGAGCUUGUGACCGUUCGUUUUCUAAUCUUUCAAGCGUACCCGGGACUCGUGGCAUGCCCUUGUUUGUUUCUACUUCAAGUUGUACCUGACUUGGAAGCCUCUCUGAGCUAUCAUUGGAGCAGCUGUUUGUAUUACGUCACAUUCGUCUUUUGGAUCGUUUGGCUGUUAGUUUCAGGCUGCCUGCUUGAAUGAGCUGUUAUCAUAAUCUUCCCGUUGAGCAGUCAAUGCAUUGUCUUGAGUCUAUCCUGCUGGUUGAAGAAGCUCCUACUGUUGCUAGUUCUUGACUGCUGCUGCUGUUGCCUGGUGGCGCGGCGUAUAUGCUGCACUGACGCGUCAUUCGUAUUCUUCCUGGUCUUCGGCAAUCUCCCGUUGGCCACGCCGCAAUACCAAUUCUCGUGUUCUUACACUACUUUGCGGUGUUCUCUUUUCAACUUGAGGUUCCUUUUGCUGGCAAAGAUCGAUAUCCUUAAAUUAAUGUGUGCCCCUUUUGGCAGUUUAUUUACUACUUUUUCUAGCCCAGUUUUGCCAUACAUCAGCCAGGCCAGCAUGCACACACGGUCUUGUAUCCUGUACAUACAUGUAUGAUGAACAGCAACUACUUACUUACCACA